AUGCAGGAUCUGACCGAACUUUCAGGCAACACGACCACUCAGAAAAGCUUGUCUGUGAUCAUCAAAGUGUGCGUGGUCAUACCCUUCUUCUGCAUGUUCCUCGGCUGCAUAACGGUCAUGUUGCACAUCUUUGCAUCUCACAGGCAGUUCUUGGACAGCUCACGCUACAUCCUGUUUUCCUAUAUGCUGGUCAAUGACACCCUACUGGUCCUGUCCUCCAUGCUGCUGUUCAUUUUCAUCAUAGGACAGGUGCACUUUGCCAUCAUCAUCUGUGCCCCCCUGCUCUUCUUAUCCACUGCCACUUUUCAGAACACCCCGCUGAUCCUGGCUACCAUGUCACUGGAGCGCUAUGUGGCCAUCUUCUACCCCUUGCAGCGCCCGGCCGCCUGGUGCUCUGACCGUAUCUGGAUAAUCAUGCUCUGUCUGUGGUUCACCAGCUGCAUCCUCCCUGCGGUUGAAUUCUCCAUAGGGAACCUCAUUCCUGGUGUGGAUAUCCUCUCUACCCCUGUGGCAUGCAAAAGCCGUGACCUCAACUCAUCUCUCACCCAGACGUUGUUCAAAGCCUCCCUAAAUGGGCUUUUUUUCGCCGUUGUAGGUGUUAUCAUCCCGUUCACCUACAUGAGGAUCCUGCUGAAGACAAAGAAGCUAAGACAGGACAGGGUGUCUGUGAGCAGAGCCAUGCACACGGUUCUGCUACAUGGCUUUCAGCUUUUGCUGUGCAUGAUGGCCUUCACCCACCCCAUCACUGAAAGCCUCAUAGUGUUUCAUGCCAACUGGCAGCCAGAGGACAUUGCCUUCUUUAAUUACUUCUGUUUCAUCCUCAUACCGCGUUUCCUCAGCCCGCUCAUCUAUGGUUUUCGGGAUAAGAGCCUGAGGGACCACAUAGGGAGAGCGCUGCAGUUCUGUUGGCAAACCCCAGAAUAA